AUGAAUCAAGAUCAUCAACAUCCCGUUGGCGCUCCUCCUCCUCAAGGGUAUCCUCCAAAGGAAGGAUAUCCACCGCAGGGAUAUCCACCGCAAGGAUAUCCUCCGGCAGGUUAUCCUCCGCCGCCACAAGGGUACGGUCAAGGAUAUCCAGCACAAGGCUAUCCUCCGCCGCAAUAUUCUCAAGGUCCUCCGCCACAGUAUCCUUACCAGGGUCCUCCUCCACCACAUUAUGGUCAGGCUCCACAUAAGGAGAAGAAAGACAAGGACUCAGGAUUUCUUGGAGGAUGUUUGGCAGCGCUCUGCUGCUGUUGUCUCUUGGACGCCUGCUUUUGA